AAACAAAGGCAUUAUGAUCCUUUAAAGGCCAUGUGGAAUGUUAGUUGCUGUUAUGUCAUAUGUACAAAAACGUUUGCUAACUGAAAUCGCGCUAUAACUCCAUAUUUGUGUAUUGAAUGCAUAUAUUUAGUCUUAUUUAAAUCCAAAAAUAUUAAAACACUUAAAAGCUAGAUUGUUUCCGAUCUUUAAAACGUAUUUAUCCUCUACAAUUUUUCACCUGUAUGACCAAGGUUAAAAAAUACGGACCAAGCCUUAUUACAUCACUAACAUAAUAAUAUACUUACUGAACGGCUUGCCGGUCACUGGUUUUGACUACUGACUAACAAGUCUUAUAACAUAACAUCAGAAAUAAAUUUUAUUUCUCCUCUGGUAGAAGUAUUGGCCCUCGAUCUUCAGCCCUGGGUCAAUACAACCACCCUCAAACAAAAAACAAGGUCAAUAUGAUAACUUUGUUAUUGCAUAUACCGGUUAUAUAGAACAAACAAUGGAUCGGCGAUUUAUAUCAGGUGUCAUGCAAUAGAACUAUCACGAUAGGGCACAAAACUGUGAAAUCCAGUGUAAAGUCGUUCGACUUUAAGGCAAUUCGACUCAAGGACGAAUUACCCUACCCAUCGAUUUUGCCCUUAUUUCGUUUGAAGGUAGGACAAAAGUAAAGUAUGUGCUCACUUUUAACAAGGAUAUAUUUUCAGAUCAAGAUGUCUAGAAAAACAGUCUUUGCCUUUGUUAUCCUGGGUCUUAUGUUACUAGCCGCAGUUAUUGCCAUUGUUGUUCUUGCGGUACAAGUAAAUGAAAGCUCAGCUAAAACAGAUGAUGCUGGUGAAGACGACAUAGAUACGUCCAGCUGUGAUGAUAUUGCUAUAAUAGGCGCCGGAAUUUCCGGAAGUUACGCCGCCUGGCGUCUUCGAGACAAAGGCCUCAAGAUAUCAGUGUACGAGUAUUCGGACCGUAUUGGUGGACGGUGUUUUACCGUACAGCUUCCGGACAUACCGGAUGUCAAUAUUGAAAUGGGAGCAAUGCGGUUUGUUCCGAGCUGGCACCAGUUGCUGAACAAAACUAUACACGAGUUAGGUUUGGAAACGGAAGAUUUGACAAAGGCACCGACCGGCAACGGUGAUACUCUCUACUAUCUUCGAGGAAAACAUUUGUCAUACAGUGAACUUCCUUUCAAAGCUCCGUAUAACAUUCCUGAGAAUUACCGAAUUGACUAUGACACACUUAACUGGCAAAUAUACAUGAACUUCACAACAGAAAGUAGCAGAAGUGAAACACUUCCGUCUGAAAAUAAGCAAUACAUUAAAUCCUUAGACGGUGUUGAUUUAUAUAUGCAAAGUUGGGACUUCUUCAGUGGUAAGUUUCUUGACAAAGAAACAACCGCUUACAUUGAAGAUGCUGCCGGCUACGACGACGGCUUCGCAGGUACAAGUGCAGCAAAAUAUGUUCCAAAAGCUAAACAGUCGGAAUGGAGUACUGCCCGCUUUAAAACGGUUACGAAAGGAUUUCAAGCCCUUCCAACAACGAUGCUAGAACAAUUUCUCAAUGAAAGCGCUAAAGAUCGAUUUUACCCAAAUCACCACUUGCGCUCCAUCAAGAGAAACCAGAAUGGAAUGUAUCUAAUUACAUUUCAACCGACAGAAACUAUAUCUGGUAUUACCUCAGAUGUGCAGGUUAGUAUCAAGCCAAAUCUUAAACAUAUAGUUUGUUAA